UCCUGGAGAGGACAGAACGCCUUAGGCACACAUCCCUGGGGGAAAAGCCUGGAGCAAGGCCCUGCCGGGAGGGCCACAUGGACUGGGACCAAGACAGGUCUAGCACCGAGCUGCGGAAGGAGAAGUCGAGGGAUGCUGCGCGCAGCCGGCGCAGCCAGGAGACGGAGGUACUGUACCAGCUGGCGCACACGCUGCCUUUCGCGCGCGGCGUCAGCGCGCAUCUGGACAAGGCCUCCAUCAUGCGCCUCACCAUCAGCUACCUGCGCAUGCACCGCCUCUGCGCUGCAGGGGAGUGGAACCAGGUGGGAACAGGGGGAGAGCCACUGGACGCCUGCUACCUGAAGGCCCUCGAGGGGUUCGUCAUGGUGCUCACCGCCGAGGGAGACAUGGUUUACCUGUCGGAAAAUGUCAGCAAGCACCUGGGCCUCAGUCAGCUGGAGCUCAUCGGACACAGUAUCUUUGAUUUUAUUCAUCCCUGUGACCAAGAGGAACUCCAGGAUGCCCUGACCCCCAGGCCAAGUCUGUCCAAGAAGAAGCUGGAAGCCCCCACAGAGCGCCACUUUUCCUUGCGCAUGAAAAGCACACUCACCAGCAGGGGGCGCACGCUCAACCUCAAAGCUGCCACUUGGAAGGUGCUGCACUGCUCAGGACAUAUGAGGGCCUACAAGCCCCCUGCGCAGACUUCUCCCACCGGGAGCCCUCGCUCCGAGCCUCCCCUUCAAUGCCUGGUGCUUAUCUGUGAAGCCAUCCCCCACCCAUCCAGUCUGGAGCCCCCUCUGGGACGAGGGGCCUUUCUCAGCCGCCACAGCCUGGACAUGAAGUUCACAUACUGCGACGAGAGGAUCGCAGAAGUCGCUGGCUAUAGCCCCGAUGACCUGAUUGGCUGUUCUGCUUAUGAAUACAUCCAUGCACUGGACUCUGAUGCAGUCAGCAGGAGCAUCCACACUUUGCUGAGCAAGGGCCAGGCAGUAACAGGACAGUAUCGCUUCCUGGCCCGGACUGGAGGCUACCUGUGGACUCAGACUCAGGCUACAGUGGUGUCAGGGGGACGGGGCCCCCAGUCAGAAAGUAUCAUCUGUGUCCACUUCCUAAUCAGCCGGGUAGAAGAGACAGGAGUGGUGCUGUCCCUGGAACAAACAGAGCAACACACUCGUAGACCCCCUCAGCGGGGUACCUCCUCACAGAAGGGUAUUCCUGGCAACAGUCUAGACCCACCUGCUCCCCGGAUUCUGGCCUUCCUGCACCCUCCGGCCCUGAGUGAGGCCUCCCUGGCUGCUGACCCUCGCCGUUUCUGUAGCCCAGACCUGCGCCGCCUUAUGGCACCCAUUCUGGAUGGGCAUCCCAUAGCUGCCACCCCCAGCACCCCACAGGCUACACGUCGACCCCAAAGUCCUCUUCCGGCUGAUCUCCCAGAUCAGUUGCUUGGGGGCUUAGAGAAUGCAUACAGACUCUCCACUGCCAGGAAAAACAAGACUGUGGAGACAGAUCUAGAUAAAGCUCAGGACCCUGACACUCUGGACUUGGAGAUGCUGGCUCCCUACAUCUCCAUGGAUGAUGACUUCCAGCUCAACUCCAGCGAGCAAUUGCCCAGAACCCACCGCAGACCUCCUGGGGUGGCCCGCAGACCCCGUGCUCGGAGCUUCCACGGCCUGUCGCCCCCCAUCCCUGAGCCCUCCCUGCUGCCCCGCUGGGGGAGUGAUCCACGACUCAACUGCUCCAGCCCCUCCAGGGGGGCCCUCCCUACAGCCUCCCUAAUGCCUGGGACUCGAAAGAGGGCCCUGGCCCAGAGCUCAGAGGACAAAGGGAUGGAGCAGCUGGAAACAAAGCCCGCCAAGCGGUCUCCCAGCCUGGAACCUGGAAGCUUCCGAUUGCCUCCCCUCAGCCUGAGUUUCCUUCUGCAAGGACGACAGUUCCCAGGGAACCAGCAGGAUCCCAGAACCCCACUCCUGGAUUCCCAUGAGGCCUUGGGACUAGCUCCCUCGCUGCUCUCUCUCUACCAGCAUGAAGAAACUACACAGCCCAGGAACCACGUCCAACCAGCGGCAGGCUUGGCCCAGGCCCACUGAGUCAGCUCUCUUCCCAGAUCCCUCCUUCUACCCCAGAGAGGACUCAGCCACACUCCACACCAGCAGCCCACAUCCAGGAUGGGGCCUCUCUCCUCUGAGUGCCCUCCACAGACCCCCCCCCCCCGCCAGCCUCAGUCCUACCUCAGCCCCCCCCAACCCUCUGCCUUCACCCAUUCAGGGGCUUCUUGGAUUAUUCACAGCUCAGUGACCUCUGGGAGGGGGCGCGUGACCCCCUCCACCUCCUCUCAGGACUUCUCUUGGGGUUCUCCGUAGUUGGUUACCUCACUAUCCCUUUCUCUGACUCUGCUUUAUUUGGGAGAAUAAGGGAUCUGCCUCUGAUCCUGGCCCCGUGGAGUUUGGACAACCAUAAUCGCAUUUUUUGUUCUUUUGUGUUUGCUUUUGUUUUCCAUCGCCCUUCUAUCAGCUUUACUUUAUCCUUUUCACAAUAAUUCAUUCGGGCACUCUGCAUUGCACAGGGUUCUCAGCAAUGUGGGACUGCAAUGUCCCCCCUCCUCGGUGGGUGGCAAAGGUGGGGAGACUCAAGGUCAGACCUCACCCCCAGCGACUUGUGGAGUCUCAGCCUCCCAAGCUGCCACCCAAUCUGCCUGCUAUUUCUGUUCCUGACUUCCUACCAGCACCGACCUAGCCUAAAUAAUGUCUUCAUUUGUGAUCUUCCUGUUUUAGGUAUAUCCAGCAACUUCCUCCACUCAGCAGACACAUAAUCUCCGACCUUUCCUGGAUCUAGAAUACUUGACUCCUACCUUCACUGUUUGUAGACCGUACAACCUCUAGCCUUCCCAGGUCUUAGGCUAUACCACUUUCCACCUUCCCUGGUUCUAGACAGCAAGACCCAGGGCCUUCCUUGUUUCGAGACCAUGCAGCCCCUGGUCUUUGUUGGUUCUAGAUUGUAUGUCCUUGGGCCUUCCCUGGUUCUAGAGGCUUGUGGGCUCUCUAGUUCUAGAGUUUCUACUUCCUUCUAAAAUGAACAAUCAAUGGACUCCAUAUCCCUCAUUCUUUCCCAUUUCUAGACUGUGAGGCCUAUGGCCUUCCUUGGCUCUAGACUGUGCCACCAUUGGUCUCCUCUAUAUCUAGGCUUAUGGCCUCUGGCCUUCCUUGUUAUAGACACUGUGGACUCUGGCCUCCAUGGUUCUAAACUGUGUUAUUCCUGCCUUCUUCAGUUCUAGACUAUGCAACCUCUAUCUAGCCUUCUCUAUUACUAGUCUGUAUGUUCUCUGGUUUUUAACUGAUUCUUGACUGCACACCUUAUGACCCUGCUGUGGUUCUACACUGUGCCACUUUUCUGACCUUUGCUCUGGUUCUAGAGUAUAGGCCCUCCAAUCUUCUGUGGUUCUAGAGCUGUGGUUCUCAGCCUUCCUAAUGCUGCAGCCUUUAGUACAGUUCCUCACAUUGUGGUGACCCCAACCAUGAAAUUAUUUUUGUUGCUACUUCAUAGCUAUAAUUUUGCUACUGUUAUGAAUCAUGUAAAUAUCUGCUAUGCAGAAUAUCUGAUAUGCAACUCCCAAAGGGGUUGAAACCUACAGGUUAAGAACUGCUACUCUAGACUAUACAACCCAUGAACACCUUUAAUUCUAGGCUACACUGCCUCUGAUCUUCAUUGGUUCCAAACUAUAUGACCACUAGCCUUCUCUGACAUUCCCUGGUUCUAGACUAUGCUAUCAUUGACUUCCCGCUGACUCCAGACUGCAUCACUUCCACCAUGGUCUGCUACAGACCUCAGUUUCUUCAAACCCUUCUCAUAGUCUUCAGCUCUUUCUUGGACUGGCUCUCACAGCCCCCAGUUGUGUCUGUUUUCAAACCUAACAGUGCUUUAAAGUGUGGUUUGAAUUACAUCAUCUGUAAGGCUUUCUGGGUCUAGAGCCUACAACCACCAGAAUCCUCUCACUACAAAACUCAUCCUGUAAUAUCCUCCGCUUCUAGACUUCUUCAAAAUCCCUGUGGUUCCCAUGUCUUCUGUUCCCUGUCAUUGCAGACCAUUUGUGUGUUGUGUGUGUGGUACUGAGGAUUAAAUUCGGGACUUUGCACCUGUUAAUCUGCUCACCUCUGCCUCCCAAGUGCUGGGAUUAAAGGUGUGCACCACCACCACC